CAGUCUCUGGUGUGGCCACUUUGCCCGUCGCCAGGGCAACGGGCAAAGUGGCCUUAUUAGCGCACCUGGCGGCACGGGAGCAACUUUGGCUCAGCUUGAGUCGAGUUCGUCGCAAGAUGAGGACGGCGGCGCUCUUCCUCGGGAUGACUUUUCUGACUUUGCUGAGCCGGACUCACGGCAGGGCAGAAGUGGAGUGGGCCUGUCGGGAUCGAUAUCUGUGGAUCCAGGCGCUCUCCAAACAGACGGCCCGCUUUGAGGCCAUCGAUGCCGACGGCGCCCACCCCAUCGACAAAGCGCUGGCCUCCCGCUGCGGCUACACCAUCAGCACCUUCGAGGCCGGCGGCUACACCACCUUCAGGGCUUCGUACUACUCCUGCUUCACUCUGGUCCAGGACGACCGGGUCUUCACCUUCCGAUUGAACGUGAUGGUAAGCGACGGCGCCUCGGGAUGGACGAGCCACCCGGUCUCGGCCACGUGUUCCGGUCCGAGUUGGCUCCACCGAGAGAUCGUGUGCGAGGAGGACUACAUGGAGGCGAACGUCCGGCGGGAGGCUUCGUGCGCCGCGGGGCCGGGGCCGGUCGGACAAGCCGAGCGGGAGGCCCUCUCCCAGGCGGUCAUGACGGCGAGCUGGCUUUCUCAGCUGAUGUUCCUGCGGGCCGACGGCCGUCUCACCCCGGUGCCGAUUGGCGAGGCGGAGGGCGGGGGCUACGCCGUGACCCUGACUGCCAACAGGGCGGUUCUUCGAGCUUCCUACAAAGCGGCGGAGGCGCGGCUGAUCCAAGUGGAUGGCGUCGACGUCGUGGUGCUCGGCGUUUUCCUCUUCUACAAACGGCAGCUGACGGUGGUGACGCUCGACAUGUCCGUGGCCUGCGCCGUCAACGCCGCCUCUUACGACGGAGCUCGGCUGGUGUGGGAUCUCCCCAACGUGCUGAGGCCCCUCCUCGAGGAGGGGGCGGCAUUUCGCAGUCGCAAGCGGAGCCUCGAGGUGGACGGCGCCACGCUGGAUGAGCAGAGCGCUGCCGCCAAGGGUUUCGGUCUGCUCCAGCAAGAGGAGCUGGUCCAAAUCUCGGUUCCCUUUGGCGCGGAGGGCGGCUACACCAGGAGUUUGGUGGCAGACAACGUGUACAAGGAGAGCUUUGUGAUUUCCCUGCUCUACGAACACCUCUUCUCGGCGGCGUCUCAAGACGGUGGCGCCGUUGACACCAAAGUUCGAAUUGCCAGGGUGCUCCAAACGCCGCUGCUCUGUCGGCGACCCUUCAGCCUCGACCAGACGGCCGGCGACGCGGGUGUGUUCGCCAUCUACCUGGGAAACAUUCCCAGCGAUGUCAUUUUGGAAGAAGUGCGAGUCAACGGGGCGCGGGUGCCGAUGGAGCCGGCAGAAGGCGGCUUCGGCGUCACCCCCGUCGUGCACCUUAAUGGCAGCACGGCUUACCAACUCCGGCUUCCCUUUACAAACGCUGCGGUUCACAGGACGUACAUGGGGGAAGGGGUGGUCCGCCACGCCAUUGACGUCAACUUCACGCUGACCCACGUGCCCCAUAGGACCUCGUACUACCACCACACCUCCAUCGCCGCUCAAGUCUUCAGCGCGUUUCCUCCAAAGAUCACGGCUCAGUGCUUGGACCGAGGCAUCCUCUUCGGUGUGGCGGUGGGCCCCGGAGCCCGGUCGCUGUGGGAGGUGGGCGUCGAGCACCAGCCGCUGACGCCGCAGCUCGCUGCUCAAAGAGGCUACAGACUUCUCAACGACAGUCAAAAGAUCACCCUGGAGGUUCCUGUGUUUUCCAUAGGCUAUACCUAUGAAGACAUUAACCUGUCCAACUUUUAUGGGACAUUUAAACUGCUGCUUCGAGAUGCCAGAACUCUUGAGGUUCAGACCUCCACAUCCAAACAGUGUCUCUUCAAAACUGAAGACAUGAUAGUCUGUUCUUCAGAUGGCAUCAUCACAGUGGUGACGAGACCCACGUCCACCUGGCCCGCCGUGCGGCCGGAAAUGACCAGUCUGCUGGACCCCACCUGUCGACCCAAAGAGACGGACGCCACUCGGGUCCUUUUCCAGUUCAGGCUGGACUCGUGUGGGACCAGGGCCACGGUGGGAGACUACGCGGUCUACGAGAACGAGAUCCUUCAUGACAGGCGGCUAAUUGCCGACGGACCAAAUUUCAUCUCCCGGGAUUCUCAGUUCAAGUUAACCGUGAGGUGCUUCUAUCCGCUGAGUGGAAUCAACAGACUGACAGCGGAUCGCAUCUCCAGAUCUGAAACUCCAGGAUUCGGUUCAAUCGAUGUUUUCGGAAGCCUCACUGGUCCAAACAAUCUCUCCCCAGACUGUUUACAGCAGCUUUCCAGAGAUGAAAUGAGCCCAUCGGAAAGCGCGCAAAGCCGGGGAAUGGGCCAAGUUGCGCCCGUGCCGGCACCGAGCCGCUCCCUUUCAAUCCCGGGACAUCCAAGCCAGACGGACGUAAACUCUGCAAAGUGGCAAUCUGUUCCACAGCACACUCAAACUCCUCCCGGUCCCCCCACCUUGCCAGCUCAAGGCCGGCUGGAGGAUCCAUUUCCUCACGAAUAUCAGCCCUCGCCAUACGGCCACUUGCGGCCAGCGCACGAGACGCGGCACGGGAAACGCGUGGAAGCAACGCGGAACUGGUCUCCCGUAAGCCAAACGGAGUUGAGCAAGCCAAACCAACCCCGGUGGACCUCGGAGACGGUGACUCAAAUCCCUCCAGGAUUCGGCCAAAGUCCCGAGCAACUCGGGGUCCGUGACCAACCUGUCAACCGCGUUCAAAGCAUUCGGGUUAAACCUCAAAGACUGCUACCUUUUCAAAUUCCCAGCCGCGGGGGAAUUCAUUGGCCAAGCCCCAGUCUAACGGGCGUCAGCGACGCAAAGGACCAGACGCCGCGACGUCCCGAAGGUCCGGAAGGUUUUGCGCCGCCGGGAAACUGGCGGCGUUUGGCCGAGACUCCAAACGCUCCGGGGAAAAUGUCUUCCGCUUUGGAUGUCCUUCAAAUGGCAGGCCCAUCUCAAAGUACGACUGGCCCUGGUCUUGGAGGGUUCACGGCACCGGCGCAGAGACGGAGCUCUGACGAGGUGUCUUCCCUCGGCGGCGAUGUGAAGACCGCCCCCCAUCCCGGUCACAAAGAUUAUUUGUUCACUCGCGAUAUAGAUGGGAAGGAGGCCACCGAGACCCAGGAGGGGGACGUCGGGUCCGCCGCUUCUCAAAUGGGUUCGGCCGUGGACUGGAGGAGCUCCGAUCAAAGAGACUGCCGCGGACCGCCGGCUGCGCGCGGAGCCAGUAUUCAUCACGGAAUCAUUCGAGCGAUGGAAGGACUUGAGCAUGCGGCAAGGGACGGCAAAAGGCCGUCUUCAGGUGGGCACGGGACGCGCCGUUCCAAUCUGAGUUGAGCGGCUCCUCAAAUCGUUGUGAUUUCUCAAGCCGCUUGUGUGUCCCCUUGAAAUAAAAAUGGCUCUGCUUCAACUUA